UCUAGGUCACCUUAUUCACAACUAGAGCCUACUCCUCCUGACAAGUGGGAAAUUCUGCCUGAGCAAAUACAGUUUGAGGAGGAGCUGGGGAGAGGAGAGUUUGGUGUUGUUCACAAAGCAACAUUUAGAAAGAGUGAUGAGAUGGAGGUGUUAAACAAUGCGGAGGCAGCACAGGUGGUGGCUGUCAAAGUUUUACAUGGUAAGAAAUAAUGUUAUUUCCAUAAAGGGGAGACAUAGCCAAAGUCUUUGAUUUUGCAACUGCAGUCCUCUUCAUACUGAAGUAAGUCCGGUUUUAAAAAAUGCUAGUCUCCCCGCAGACGUCCUUUGGGGUUCGUUCGAACCCCAAAGGAAGUCUGCGGGGAAGCUAAAAAAUGCAAGCUCUAGUCAAUAUUACUACUCCUUGUGAAGGAUCGGAUACAUAUAAAGAGAUUUUGGCUCCCCUUUUUGUAAUCCAUGUCGUCCAGUUUACACCGCAAGUUUUUUGAUAACGAGGAAAAGGGAAUUAAAAUUAUGCAACUGAGCUACGACAUCACCAAGCUGACGGCUAGACCCUUGUGUGAGCGGGGCCCAAGGGCAUGAUUUUUGACCCCUUUAUGUGUGAAAUUGGGUCUAAAAAAACGUGAAACAGGAUAAGGUUUUGCUCUACCUUGGUUUAGGUAAUGAGGGAAAUCACAUAGUCACAUCACACCACCACCCGAUACUCAGAGACCUACCUGGGCUGCUGGCAGGGUGCAGUGGUAAACUGAAAAUGGUAACAAAUGUCUGAAUAUUUCUCGAUAUUCUAUUACACGGUAGAAUACAUUUGUAUAUAUACCCUUUUGCAUUAGAGGAUGAGUGGGAAGCGGUAAAAAUGGACGAAUAUAUUUUUCAAAUGAAACAUUUUGCACUGAAUAACGCUGAAGAAUAACAAUAAUAAAAUCAAUUAAGAAAUGGUAAACGUGCAGCGUGCAACCAUGGAGUUAUGGAUGUACUCGGGAGGUUGCUAAGCACGAAAGAAGCGUAAAAGAGCGACUCUAGCUUCUUGAGUGCUUAGCAAACCUCCCAAGUGCAUCCGUAACUCCAUGGCUGCACAGCUGCGACGUUUACCUUUUCUUUUAUAACAUAAUCAAAAGAGAAAAACAUUAUUUUCCAUUUGCCCUCGGUUGAGUCAUCGGUCCGAGUUCAUGUAUGCUGCCACCUGCCCGCAAGAAAAAAAAAUCAUGUUCUAAGUUUUUCACAAACUUGCCUUUGAGUUUUUCUUUCGCUGAAUCAACCGUUCUCCGUCUUCAGGUAAAUUCCAAAACGUUUUUGGUUGUUAUUCUGAAUGGCAUCUGUCUUCUUGCUCUUAAUAUUAGGAUAAAAACUUUGAGGGAAAACUAUAGCUUCAACUAUAAACACCAACUAAAAAGACUCUAAAAAAUAAGCUAAAACUAAAUAAAUGAAAUAAUUAUUAUUUAUGGAAACAGUGAUUAAUUCAUCCAGGGCAAAUUUGUCGUUUGAUCUUUUGUCUUUUUUCCUUCAAAACGACAGCUUAGUAUUUUCUUCAACUUCCACUUUUCAUCUGUGCAUUUCAUCGGUGUAUUUUACCGUCAGAAGAGGAGAUUUGUUGAAUUUGCCUAAAUUUUACCGCACUAGCUCAGUUUCUUGGCGUGCACCCGGGGGCAAAUGGUAAUGGCUAACUGACCAAUCAGAGCGCGCGAUUUACUUUUGUUAUGUUAUAAUGUCAUUUUAUUCAAUUAUCUUUAGAUAAUCCAUCUGAAGCACAGAAAGAAGAGUUCACGUUUGAGAUUGAACAGAUGAAACUGUUGGGUUCACAUAAGAACGUUGUAUCCAUGGUUGGAUGCUGCACGCUUCAGGAGAAAAUGUUCCUGGUUAUAGAGUACGUUCCCAGUGGUGACCUGCUGACGUGGCUACGCCGGAGAAGAAAAAAGGUAUAAAGAACAUGAACAAUUAUACAAUUAGUUUAUAACGAAAUUAUCAAGAAACAGAUAUAGGGAGGCAACAUUACGAAUAUAUUUUGGUGCUAUCAGAACAUUUUGUACAACUUAUUUAAGCAACUGCAGUUACUUCAAAAUUAUAAAAGCAUUUAAUGAUAAUACUAACAAUAAUAAUUAUAUUAUUAUUAUUAUAAUUUUAAACGUGUUUUAUCCUUGGAGGUAACAAUGAUAGGGGUGGUAUUAAAAUCCUCCUUACGAAUCUUAGUCCAUAAAACCUGGUGUGCCUUUAAUUAGGGGCCGUAAUCUAGUAUGGAGAUAAUAACUUUUUGACUCUAGGAUCGCUUGAAGCCAUGCAGACGUAAAUAACGGUUUUUGUAACUUGCUUGAUGUUUAGAUCGAAGAACUUCAAGCUACCGAGAGAUGUUAUGCUGACAAAGAGGUUCUGAAAGAUCAGGGAGAGACCAGAUAUCAUGUAGGCUUGUAUAUUAACUGUAGUUUAACUUUCCAUACUAGCUCUGUCUUAAAAACGUUUAUUAUCCAGAGGGCUUGUUUGUUUUAUGUCUUGUUGACCUAUUGUAGCUAUCUAAUCUACCCAUUUGAUUGUUGUUGAAUGGUUUGCACGUAACGUAAUCAUACUUCAAAGUUUGUAUUUCUACAAAGUUUCAGUUCGAAAGGGUUCUUCAUUUUGUGACAGACUUUUGAAUAUUCUAAUAUAUUGCGUGACGCGACAAUAAUGGUGCAGCAAAAACUGUCACGUAACUGUAAGUUAAAGAGUGACAUAUCUUUUUUUUAGAUUUUUUUUUUAUCUGAACACUCCUUGUUUUUUGAAUAAGUAUUAAGUGUAAUGUUUAUGAGCUGAGAUGAGUACUCGCUUUAUGCAAUGUUUCUGUUAGUUUUCGGUCGCCAUAUCUGUGUUCCUCAGAGGGACGCCAACAUGGCUGGCGUCUCAAAACAAAGCUCUAUAAAUUUGGGUAACACAUUUCUCCGAAUACCUCGCAAACGAAAAAACCGCACAGACCUGAAUCUUAGCAAGACUUUUCGAAUAUCCCUUAGAUUCCUGAUCGAAUUUAUUCAUUUCCACACAGGUCAGUGAACUUGCUAAGAAACAGAUAAAGCAAGCGGAGAAAAUACAAUUGAGCAUGGAAAUGAGCCCAUUCCUACAGGAUAACAGCGAGGGCACAGCGUCGACUUCUUAUCAAAUCGGUGACGAAGUAUGAAAGAAGUCAGCCAGGAGGGCUUAAAGAUUUUAGAUGACGUUUAUUUCUACUAUAUAUGGAAAAACUGCUUAACUCAACUUAAACGUGGUUAAGGCUUGUAGCUCAUGAAAGGAAUUCUCGUGUAAUCCUGACUAGUGCAAUCAACAGAGUCGAUAGUUAACAAUUAAUGAAUGAGGCUGAGUAUCUUAUGAAGAAUUAUGGAGAUCGAGGAGGGUGUUAUCCGUCGAGGCCAUAUUCCGAGGAGGAUAACACCCUCCGAGAUCCCCAUAAUUCUUUAUAUGAUACGAAAGGCGAAUUCAAUAAUUGUUUUAUUAUUCAUUCAAAAUAAUUUUUAGUUUAAAACCAUGGCUAACUCAUGCUUACCUCCAUCGAUCCAUCGAUGUUAAGUUUAUCUUCGAUAGUGCACGUUUAGGGUCGGUUCAGCUCCGAAAAUAUUCUCCAAAUAGCAGAUGUCGCCCUUCGAGUUGUCUUCUUGCUGUUCUUGCCAUGUUUUUAGUUAUUUUUUUUACCUAGUUCUUACUCUUGAAACGAGUGGCGUGUCCGCCAUUUUUCAAGUUCACAACCAAAACAACUCAACCUUGUCCUCAACCUUGUCUUUUCGGUUAACGGUGCAUUAACCUGCAAGAACGCUGCAUUUUUGACGUCAUUUCCUCGCUAAACACAAAAUUCUUCCACAUUUGGUCAUCAGUAACUGGUUAUGGUCAAUUAAAUGUGUGCUUUUAGGCAAUCAGAAUCGGGGAAAUAUUUUGAAUGAAUAAUAAUCGAUAAAGAGCGAUUGAUUAAAUUGAAAAUCGAUAAAAAUUAAUAGGGGAAAAAGUUGUUGCUAAUCGAUAAUUAUCGACUUUACUCGAUUUUUAUCGAAGUUCUCGAUUUUAAUCGGCCGCUUACUUAAUUAGGUUAACAUUGGCAAAGAACGUUGUUUCCGAACAUAAGUACAUCAUUUAUGUGGCUUUAGACAGUUAAAUUUGUAGCAAAAUUUAUUUCACAAAUUACACUCAAUAUUCUUACGAAACAUUUUCGGCCAAUCGACAGGAUAAAAAAGAGUUAUAAGGGACGGACCAUUAGAAAAGUGAUGGGGGAAAGUGGGGAAUUUUUAGCUUGCACGAAUUUUUUUUUUUCGCUCACUGCUUGUGCAGGAAUUUUUUUUUUCAGGUGAACCCCUCUGCACGAAUUUUUUUUUUCAGACAAAUAUUGCUUUUUUUUUGAACAGUGAAAUCUUGAUUCAUUAUCUAUGUUUUUGUGCUUUAUAAAUUAUUCUACACUCACAACAUAUAAGGAUACAGGCCACUUUAAUGCAAAAUCUUUUCGAAAAUGUACAGACAGUGAGAGAGGAGGAAGCCACUUGGAGUGGACGGCUUCCCUGAGCAUUUUUAGUGUAAAAAAGGGGGUCGGUAGGCAACACACGACUUUUAGCCAGGGCCUGCGGAGCGGAUUUUCAAGUGGGGGGACUAAUGCGAACGCGUUAGCGUGAGCCAACUAGUCCGGGGGCAUGCUCCCCCAGGAAAAUUUGAAAUUGAAGUCUUCUGAAAUGGCUAGAAAUGGAUCUAAAACUGCCAAAAGUGAAGGUAAUUUUUAAUUCUUAUAAAACAACGAGUAACAAACUGGCCUUCACGUUGACUAAAUUUAAAUGAAUAGACUAACUUCUAAGCUAAACCCAACAGACGCAACGGAUGAGUGUCACCCGGACAUUUUUAAGUCGGAUUCUUUGACGGUACCAAAGUUGCUUUUUCGAUUUUCAUUGAGAGCUGCAAACUCAUUGGCAACAUCUAUAAGUGUUUCAAACAGACAAGAGACGAACACCCAUAAUUCAUAACAGUCUAACGAUUUAGAACAAACACAGUAGCACGAGCGUAGCCACGUUUUCAGUCUCCAAGCAGAAGAAAAGGAUCUCUCGCCUGCUGCACUGGUUGCUGGACUUACAAGAAGAAGUUUACAUAGGGUUAUGAUUUCAGUUAUAAUACACUUUUAGGCUUCAGAAAGCUGCUUGAUCUUGGCUAAAAUGUCAUCAAAACAGGUAAAUUCUCCGUCCUUCAUCAACACCUUAAAUAUUUCCAGUUGAACAUUCAAUGUUCUACCAUCAACAGCCAAAAAAGUGGGGGGGCUAAAGCCCCCCAGCCCCACCCCCUGCGCCGUCCCUAUUAAUACCUCAUGCCAAAAUGCUGCUUGUUCCAAUACUGUUUUCUUUUUCUCUGACGGGUAGAUUAUGCUGUGGAGGAAAAUGUUUUGACUGAUCAAAUGUGAUUUUCUCCGCUUAUUUCACACUGAGAGGUCGUGACACGCAUAUUGAUUUUCUGCGGUCAUUGUGCCUGGUAAUAUUGUUGAUUUCUGAAACUCAGACUUUCUGAAAAAAAUUCAGACUUUCUGAAAAAGUCACAAUUGGACCUUCCUUCUGCAUGAAUUUUUUUUCUUUACCUUCUUCUUUGCAUGAAUUUUUUUUCUUGGCAUUUUCCCUUGCAUGAAUUUUUUUUUUGGCUUUUUCACCACCCCCCACAUCACUUUUCUAAUGGUCCGUCCCUAAACAACUGAUUCAGCUAGCUUGCACUGAAAACUGUUCAAGUUGAACCCAACAAUGUAUAUAGUUCAAGUGGUGAGGAUAAUGUUCAGUGUACAGUUUUUCAGCAAGACCCUUAAAUUGCUUCCUCAAAAAGGAUAUUGGAAAGGAUCAUUUAAAUCGCUCUGUAAAUAUGCAAAACAAAGUGGAUAAUGAACUCCGCAACUAAAUGUAAAGAGAAGUAGCAUGCCCAUAAAACAUGAUAAAAAUGUGAGAGAAAAUCAUCAUUUAAAGCAGAAAACAUCUGCGUAUUGCUAAAAUAAUUUUCUUUAAAGUAAUGCAUUAUUAGGUUUUGAACCUGAGAGGGAAUCGAUGAUAUCGUUAAAAUAGUUAAAAACGAUAGCGUUGACAAUUGAUUUUCUGAUAUCGGCUUUUAUCGAUUGCGCUAGUCAGGUGUAAUAUGCAAAAGUUGUCUCUUUAUUUAAUGACCUGGGAACCGAGAAGCGCCUCUUUAUGAAAGAAUUAGUUACCUAUAAAGACGUUUAGAAAAAUCGGAGAGAGGUUUGGGGAUCAAGGAGGCUUAUCACACGACUAAAUUUGGUAUUGAAUAUUUUACUGAUCAGGCCUACUAAAGAUCCAGCUGAUCCUCUCUGGUUUGUCGUUGUGGUUCUGCCUUCAAAAGUGUUUCUUAUACCACAAAACGUGAUAGAGAUAAAAGUUGUUGCUAAUCGAUAAUUAUCGACUUUAAUCGAUUUUUAUGGAAGUUGCCGAUUUAAUUGGCGCUUACUUAAUUAGGUUAACUGCGUGACGCGGCUUUUACAUGGUAGCCUGCGCGCAAGCUCUCCGGGGCGCUCUGGCGGCGGGGCGGGAAAAGGAAGGAGAGCUUGCAACUAAGUCUCUGGAAUUUGAAUUCUACCUCCAAUUCGCAUGUGGCUCCCCGUCGACUGAGCUGUCAGAUUUCCGCCAAUCAGCGCGAAGCGGAAACGAUUGUAAACAAACAUUGAAAAGCACGUGCCAAGGGUAAUGGAGUCAUUACUAAUGUUAUCUCCACCAAUCAGCAUUUCGCAUCGCCUUAUUCUUUUUCCAGAGACGUAGCUACAAACUCUCCUUCCUUUUGCCGUCCAGCCGCCAGAGCACCCCGGAGAGCUUGCUCGCAGGCUAUUUAUAUGGCGGACGAGAGAGCUGCCAUGAAGGCUGAAAAAGUGACUCUGUUGGGGGGGAUUUUGCUAUCUGAAUGGUCAUUGUAUUAAUGUCAAUGUUAAUGAUUUCCUCAAGAGAUGAAUUCACCCUUAAGUAGCACAAUUCCGUGACACAUGUUUCUGUUGAUUUCCGGCUGCCGUGUUAGUGACUAUCCGGAUGGGCACCAACAUUACGUUUCCAUAUAAAGCUCUAUAAAUGUAGGAAAAAAAAUUCGCCGAAUUUCUCGCGCAUGAAAAAUUGACCUGAAUCUUGGCGAGGGCCUUUGUAUAUUUACCUUCUUUCAUUUCCCAGAUUCUAGACUUUACCUAUUAAACGGUUUUGAUUUUUAUUUUUAAUAGCAUGACAGUGAAAACCUGCAAUAGCGUUACAUUUUUUCUACAUGUAAAUGUCAUCGCCAUUUUCUUUAAUCAUUUAGCAAAGUUUGGCUCAUGAGUAUGAAGUUAAGGAGGAUCAACAUUCUAUGCACCAAGACCAAGAAGACAUUGCAGUGUCUCCGCAACAAAGCAAGAAAGAUACCGUUCUUGAAGUGAUUUCAUUGACUUCCACCGAAGUAGAUGUAAGACGAAAACAAAAACACCAUAAUAAUUACUUAUUCACUAAUAAAGAAGAAUUUGCCUUUGGGGCACCUUAUUUUGUUUACGUUUCACAUUAGAAGGACACAACGUGAUCUUGGUUCUCCUGUGCCACUAAUGUGUUUCGUCGAUGGUGUACCUUUUCUGCGCUGUCUUGGAUUUACGUUUCAGCGUCUUGUUUUCCUUCUCUUGAGCUAUUUUCAGUUGCGGGCUUGUGACUUCCAGAACUAUGGCUGAUAUAAGGAAUCGUCUAGUAAAAUGGUGUAUUUGUUGUUUUUAGUCAGUAGGACGUGUAUCAGCAGGUGACAGAGGCUUUCUGGGUAAACAUCAAACUGUGGGCAUGGAUUUUCAUCCUAGACUUGAAAACAGUACCUUGGACCCAAAGUGAAUUUUAUCUAGCUCUAAACUGGUCACUUUGAAGUUACUUUUAAUAGAUAAUACUUAUAUAUUCUGAGGCUCUUAUCUGGAAAGUAAUUACUUGAAAGCUGUGCUCUUUCAAGCUAAACCAAAAAUUUGAUAGUUUUUCUUCAAUUUAAUUAGGAUGAGGAAUUCAAAGUGACUGACAAAGAACUUCUAACCAGGCCAACGACAUCACUAGGAAAAAGUCAAGCUUCUGCAAUGCCACUUCCAAUUGAAAACCUAGUGGAGUCAGACGAGGAUCCUUGUGACGUAGAGGAGAACUUUUCCCAACAACUGUUUUCAUUUGCCUGGCAAAUGGCUAAAGGAAUGGUAAUUAUCUUUGCUUACUGGAUAAUGUUGCUGGGAUUCUGAUUCUGAGUAUAGCUUGGAAAGAAGAAUUCAAAGUCAAUAUUUUAUAAACAUGAAAUAGAUGGGAUAAAUAUAUUGUCUAUUUUUCUAGAUAUGAGUACAUUAAAAUGGCUUAUAUGGAAAAAAAAGUUCUUUUCGGUAGACCCAGUUUUGGUUAAAUUCGUUUCGUUAUGCAUCUAAACGAAAAUAUCUGGAUCUGAUUAGUGCAGAUAUUUGCUUUUCAUUUGUAUUUUUUCAUCUAUACUUAAACUACUUAGUGUUCAGCAGGUGGCCAAGGCUUUCUGGCUAAACAUCAAACUGUGGGCAUAGAUAUUCCUCCUAGACUUGAAAACGGUACUCUGGACUCAAAGUAAAUUUUAUCUAGCUCUAGACUGGUCACUUUGAAGUUGGCUCUUGUCUGGCUCAAGCAAAUUAUGUUAUUUUUAUCUUUUUAUCCGCUAGCUGCUUAUUUACUAACAAGGAAAGUAAUUACUUGAAAGCUGUGCUGUUUCAAGCUAAACCAAAAAUUUGAUAGUUUUUCAUCGAUUUAAUUAGGAUGAGGAAUUCAAAGUGACUGACAAAGAACUUCUAACCAGACCAACGACAUCACUAGGAAAAAGUCAAGCUUCUGCAAUGCCACUUUCAACUGAAAACCUAGAGGAGUCACACGAGGAUCCUUGUGACGUAGAGGAGAACUUUUCUACCAAACAACUGUUUUCAUUUGCCUGGCAAAUAGCUAAAGGAAUGGUAAUUAUCUUUGUUUUCUGGAUUAUAUUGCUGGGAUUCUGAUUCUGAGUAUAACUUGGAAAGAAGAAGUCAAAAGUCAAUAUUUUAUAAACACGAAAUAGAUGGGAUAAAUAUAUUGGCUGUUUUUCUAGAUAUGAGUACAUUAAAAUGGCUUAUAUGGAAAAAAAAUUCUUUUCGGUCCACCCAGUUUUGGCUAAAUUCGUUUCUUUAUGAAUCAGAUCGUAAAUAUUUUGGAUUAGAUCAGUGCCGAUAUUUACUUUCCAUUUGUAUUUUUCAUCUAUGCCUAACUACUUAAUGUUCGCCUUACCCCCGUUAUUAUAUUUUGAGAUCAUUUUAAUCGUUUUUUCGUUGCUUAUUUGUUAUUAGAAUCAUCUCGCCGAAAACAAUCUUGUUCACAGAGACCUUGCUGCCCGUAAUGUUCUUGUUGGUCAUGACAACCAGAUCAAAGUGUCAGACUUUGGGUUGAUGAGACAAAUCUAUGAAGACGUGAGCAGCUCAGCGAAGUCCAGAAAACUUCCUGUAAAGUGGAUGGCCCCUGAAUCACUUUAUCAAGGGGUUUACACGACCAAAAGUGAUGUGUGAGUGAUGAGUUUUCCCGCUCCCUUGACAAGGGAACUAUUGAAACUUUUCUACUGAAUAACUUCUCAAAAUUGUAUUUGCCGUCAAAAUUACAGAAGCAUACAACUCUGAAGCGCCUAAAUCUCCUUAUAUUUUUUUUAUAACCAUCCUACGGUUUUUAGCUGUCCAAUUAGAAGCACGGAAAAUUGUUUGCCCAAAUAUGGAAUCAUAGUAUAGAAGGCAUCUCUGUCGAAAUAUAUAGCUGCUAAAAACGGAUUCUUCCAGUCCUUAACAGUUUUCCAAUUACACCCAAAACUCAAGAGUACACACAUUUUUGGGCUGCUCCGUGGGCAGCAAACAAACUAUAAAUGCCGUGAAACUGUACAUAUUUAUAACCUCUCUGGUUUUUCUCAUAGUUGGUCUUUUGGUGUUGUUCUUUGGGAAAUGGCUACCUUGGGUGAGUGGACAGUAAUUUUGUAGUUUAUAGUUGUCAUGUUAAAUUUGAGGUGACUGACAAAUCAAAAAAGCAUUUUUCAUUAUCUAUGACUCUUAUCGACCGUAGAAAUGAUGUCAAAAUGUUGAAAACUCAUGUACCACCCGCAGGAUAAUGGUUUUACACUGCAAAGUUUUGAGCUCUCCAAGGGAAUUAAGGGCACCGUGCCUUAACCCACCUUCCCCGCUUUGCCAUGGUGGGAUGUGGCUUAACUGUUACGAUUGUUAUCAAGGUUACUGCCUCCAGGAAGGGCGAAAACAAUGUUUUAUAAUGUUUCAUUUGCGGCAAGUUUGAAUUUUCUUGUUUGAUCUGGGCUCUGUUUUAAGUGCAUUUGAGACAAGUACAUCUCCUAGAUGAUAACCGUACGUGACAAUACAUAUUUUGAUAUGUCAAAUUUAAAAAUUUGCGAACAUUUGAUGACUGGAAACGAGAAGCCUUAUUGUUAAUCACCCUGGAGUGCCUUCUUUCAUUACACAUUUAACUGCAUUGGCUCUAUACCAGACCUCCAUUCAAUCAACCAUUUUUGCAAAAUGGCCUUGUUGAGUUUAUAUGAGGAGGAGUGACAAUCGACUAAGGCAUUUUUAAUAGAAAUCUAUCUAAUGGAAAAUUGCAUGUAUUCAGUUGCUGAUAUGUAAUCAUUUGUUUUUUUUCUCGCAAUUGUCAGGAGGCGUACCAUACCCCACGCUGACCAACUCAGAGUUGUAUCGACUGCUCGGUACUGGUUAUCGCAUGGAAAGGCCUGACAUGUGCUCCGAUGACGUGUACGUUUCUUGAUUAGAUUGGUCUUAGAUUUAACAAACAGAUUCGAUUUUUCUGUGCGUCUGCCCAGUUACAUUUCACACCGAACGGUGCAGCAUACGAAUUCGUCAAAUAUUUUAACGCUUUCUUUGAUCAUAUUAAAUACUGACCAGACGGACGGCAGGGGAAAACUUUUGAUCCAUUGGCUUUAUGGUCAAUAAAGGCAUCAUUAGUAGUGAUUAGGUUAAUCUCUUUCCUGGGUUCGUGGAGAGUACUCCAUGUACUAGGGAGGCACCCCCCAAAAGGGGUACCUCUGUCAGUCUUCUGGUAUAGGAAUUUUGAUAGUCGAAGUAUAUGAAAGGGUAGGGAAAUCUAUCAUUUCGGUCUGUAAAAUGACUUAAGAGGACCAGAUAAGAUUUUCUGUCUGUGAAAAAGUCGAGAAAAUUUUCUAGUCUGUUAUUUAUUCGUAUUCAAAAGGAAUACAUUUUUCAGCAAUUAAAAGGGAUAAAGUUAAAGUUCUUUUCUUUUACAUAAUAAUGGCUGGAUGAAGGAAUAGAGAAUCGCGUGAUAAAAAAAACGUUCCAAGAGCCCAUUUUAAUGCGCUUUACGUGGAAGCUUCACCCAAAAGGAGUACCUUUUUAGGCCACAUGUAUAUGGAAAGGUAGGAAUUUCACGAGCUAAAAUGUUUGAAAUGAUAGGAAAUUUUGUAACUUCGGUAAUUUAAACUAAAAGAUAUUUUAAACAGAGGUGCCUUUAUUGUAUGCUUAAUGUUAAGGGCUUAAUGGCUUAAAAAGUGAAGUAGUCGUACCAUUUUUUCAGGGUAGGCAGGAAAGGAAUGUAUACGAAAGGGGUACCUUUUCUGUCAUGAAAAAUGCUGCAUAAAAGGAAUUGGACCUCAGGGUGGAGCCUCCCUGUAAACUCAUGAAGCUAAGAAGCCUAUACAUUCUACUAAAAAAAUUUCUUUAAUUCCAAUAGACCUUUUUCGCUUGCAUGUUUUGUUUUGCCAAUACAGUUCAUGUCUAGCGGUAAAAUUCCCCUGGGACCUCUUUUGGGAAAUCAAAACAUACAAGCUAUAAAGAGGUCUAUUGACACUGUCUAUUAAUUGACUGGAGCUCUACUAAGCAUUGAAUGGUUCUUUUUUUUUUCUCCAUUCAUAACAGAUAUGAGCUGAUUACUGAAUGUUGGAACGAAGACCCUUACAUUCGUCCCAGUUUCUACCGUUUGAUUGAAAAAAUGGAGGCGAUAAUGGAAAGGGAUGCACCAUAUUUGAAUGUAAACAAACACAAUGAAUAUCAUCCGUAUUACAACGUGCCUCCUGAAGCUAGUGCUGAUUGA